AGUGUAUGUGUGUAUGCAACUAUCCUUGCGUCGUAGAUGUUUUUUUUAUUAAACAAAACAAAAGAAAAGAAAAAAAAAAGAAUGGAAAUUAUCAGAAUUGUUUCAGCUUUCGUAUUAGCCAGUGUCUGUACCAGUAUUCGUGCACAAAUUGACGGUAGUGACUAUGAAAACUGUAUUGUGGUGAGUUCUUUGAUGCAAAACAUAUUUUCACAACGUAACGUGCACCUUAACUUUAUCCCAGGGACGUUGUACGACGCAAAAGGUAAUAUAAGCAGUGCAACUUUAGGGCUCAACAAUUUCAAAACUAGGAUCCUGAGUCUCGAUCCAGACUACAUUAGGAAGCGUCUGUAUAUCUUUGAUUCAAAUACAGCCGCCAUUUAUGCUAUAAAUAAUUUUGACUGGGUGAGCAGUUUUACAAAUAUGACAGUCACAGUGAUUCAUGAUGGACUGUCGCGUUACACAGCUAGAAUUGCAGUUGACUGGGUCUCGAACAAUAUAUACUGGACCGAUCCUUUGUUUGGGUGGAUAGUUGUCCAGUCUGGAAGCAAGACCAACACGUACAAGAUUCUGAUACAGGACGCUCUAGAAAAGCCGUAUGCGCUGGCGGUGGACCCUGUUCAUAAAUACAUCUUCUGGAGUGAUGUUGGGUCAACCCAAAAGAUAGAACGGGCGACAUUAUCAGGGGACGACAGACGGGCAAUUAUUUCGACUGGGUUGGCAUUCCCAACAAGUAUUGCUGUAGACUAUAGUUCAGAGAAGAUAGUUUGGGUGGAUUCAAAUCGAGAUUCGAUAGAAACAGCUUAUUUCGAUGGAACUGGGCGCAUGGUUAUACGCAGAUUGUCACAUUAUGAGUUCUACGAUGUCGCCGUUUUUCGGGAUCUGGUCAGUGUAACAGACUUGAAGAACGGAACAUUGGUUAUAAUCAACAAAAAUACAGGCGACAUAUUUAACACGCUUAGAAAGACAAAUGGCGAACCCUUUGUGGCAGUGGCUUUGUACGGUGCAGACGUGCAACCAAGUCAAGAGGAUAGCUGCAAAAGUAGUGCGUGUAGUGAUCUAUGUGUAAACGGUAACGAAGGCCCAAAAUGUCUGUGUACGGAGGGUUACAGCUUAACUGCAGAUGAGUUAACGUGCGUAGAGGAUCUGGGUAAGUUUCACCGAGCACUCAUGUGGUCCAAUAGAAGCGCCAUUUGUAUGACUGAUAUUAGAAGCCUAACAUCAAAUGGGCACACAGACUCGGCAAGCUGUUUCUUCAGUGGUGGAACAGACAUAUCUCACUUUGAUAUAGAUAUGAUAGAACGAAAAGUGAUUUUCGCCGACGGCACUGAUAUAUUCAGUGCAAAUAUUGGACAGAAUCCAGUAAAACAGAGAUUGUUGUCAGCCACAGGAGAAAUAACAGGGCUUGCGGUUGACUGGCGAGAUCAAAACGUAUAUUGGAGUAUGGGGACAACAGAUGGUGAAAUUAACCUUAUAUCUCAGACAACAUUAGAGGACUAUACCCUGAUCGAUGCAGACCUACAAUACCCUAAAUAUCUUAAUAUCAUUCCAUUGAACAAUAUGAUGUUGUGGAUUUCUGGGUCAACUGGCGCAUACAAAGUUGAGAAAUCAGAGCUAGAUGGUUCAGACCGAGUAGUUCUUAUCUCUAGUGGAGCUCUUAUAAAUCCAAAAGGACUUACUGCGGAUUUUGCGACAAAUGUACUUUAUUUCAUCGAUGGCGGAUACGUAAAAAGUUUUGAUAUGGACAGUAAAGUGUUGACAACAUUAACACCAGAAUCGCCUUUAAAUUCACCGCAGAUGGUGCUUAUCUAUAAGAAUUAUCUAGUAGUGGCCGACAGCUCUUACCCUUCUGGUGUUAUCAAAACUUAUGAGAAGAAAUCAGAACCUGUUUUAAAAUUCCAACUCACAACUAUAAAUGUAGACAGUAUGACGGAUAUGAAUAUUUUAGAUGCUUACCUACAACCAGAUAUUAAAGGUCCAUGUGAUACUUUGAAUGGUGACUGCGAACAAAUCUGUAUUCCGAUUGGCCAGAAUAGAAUAUGUCAGUGUGAAUAUGGUUUCCAGCUCGACUCAAACAGGGAAUCAUGCUCGUCAUCUCCUGUUACCGACAACUUCCUUCUGGUUACUGACUGGACACACAACAAAAUCUACCAGAUUUCAUUGGCUAGCGAUGACGUCAGAGCUGUCGAUACUGAAACAUACGGCAGUCCUAUUGGUGUGGCUUACAAUCACAUGACACAACAAUUGAUGUGGAGUACAAACAAGUACAUUCAUAGACUCAAUUUAAAUGGGACUGGAUACAAAGUUAUUCAAAAUACUGAGCUGAUUGGUUGUCAUGCUGACCGUUUGGUAAUUGAUUUCACAAGCGGUAAUAUCUACUACACGGCUAAUCGCGUUUCGCUUGGUGGAUUUAUCGGUAUUGGGGUCAUUUCACCCGAUGGUCUUCACAAACGACUUAUUACGUAUGGUAAUAAGCCAAGAGACAUUGUUCUCGACUCCGAAGAUGGAUUUCUGUUUUGGACAGACCACGGUCAGUCACCCUCUUUCAUACAGAGAGCCAAUAUGGAUGGUUCGAAUAUCCGGACUAUUCGAAACAGUAAUCUUGUUUGGCCAAAUGGACUAGCUAUUGACGCAAAAGGAAACUUGCUGUAUGCAACUGAUGGGAGCACAGAUAUCAUAUACCGUUGUACCUAUUCUGGCGUAUGUACAACUUUUUACACGGACACUGGAGCCCAUCUAAUGGAUAUUAUUUUACUUGGCGAUUAUUUGUACUACACCGCAUGGAAUAGACCGUAUGUUGCUAGACUAAACAGAACAAGUCCAGGUAUAAUCACUAGGGUAGGAUAUAAACCGGAACUAGGACGGCUGGAUUCGUUAUCAGCAUAUAGUUCAACAAAAACUUCAACAACUGUUUCAGAUGCUUGUUUACCAAACAGUGGGCGUGGCCCAUGCAGUACUUUCUGUCUUCCGACACCCUCAGGUUACACAUGCUCAUGUGAAGACGGCUUUAACCUCCUUAGUGAUGGAAAAACUUGCGAAAAUGUUUCAGAUGCUUGUUUACCAAACAGUGGGCGUGGCCCAUGCAGUACCUUCUGUCUCCCGACACCCUUAGGGUACACAUGCUCAUGUGAAGACGGCUUAAACCUCCUUAGUGAUGGAAAAACUUGCGAAAAUGCAACACCGACGACAACGACAACCUCAUCAACGACACCGGCAAUACACACACACACGUCAACAAAAGGGACAGUGGGCGGAGCACUGAAAGAGCCUGGCGUUCCAGUGGCAGUUAUUGGAGGUGUUGCUGCAGGAUUUGUUGUACUCAUUGUCAUAAUAGUGGUUCUCGUCCUUGUGUUACUAAAAAGGAGAAACAAGACCUUGAGGGAGAACAACAGCAAUCAUCUGGUACAACAGCCGGAAACAACUACCCUCGCCGAUUUACCAUUCACAACCAACGCGUCGGGUAGGCCGGAUUCAACAUAUGACCUGAUUCGGUUCGAUGACCUUGAAAUACAAACGGAAACUACGACAGAAGAAAUAGACACAAGUGGCCGUAUGUCAGGGGACAGAAAUUUGCAAGAAGAAAAUGGAUACAUAACACCAAUAGAUAGAGAUCAAGCGGUUUCAGGUCAGACAGAGGUGACCAACCCGUUCUACACUGACAAUCUUGCAUUUUUAUGCCCCCGAAGGGAGGCAUAUAGUUUUUGAACCGUUUGUCAGUCU